AUGGGCUGCGCCUCGUCCGCCGAGGAGCGCGCCGCCAUUGCGCGCAGCAAGCAGAUCGAGAAGAACCUCAAGGAAGAUGGCAUCCAGGCUGCCAAGGACAUUAAGCUGCUGCUCCUUGGUGCUGGUGAAUCAGGCAAAAGUACUAUAGUCAAACAAAUGAAAAUUAUCCACGAAAGUGGCUUCACAAAUGAAGACUUCAAACAGUACCGGCCGGUGGUGUACAGCAACACGAUUCAGUCGCUCGUCGCCAUCUUGCGUGCUAUGCCCAACCUGGGCAUCACCUACGGCAAUAAGGACCGAGAGAGCGAUGGCAAGAUGGUGUUUGACGUGAUCCAACGGAUGGAAGACACGGAGCCGUUCAGCGAGGAAUUGCUGGCGGCGAUGAAGAGGCUCUGGGCGGACGCAGGCGUGCAGGAGUGCUUCGGUCGCUCCAACGAGUACCAGCUCAACGACUCCGCCAAAUAUUUCCUGGACGACUUGGACCGGUUAGGUGCGAGAGAUUACCAGCCCACCGAACAAGAUAUUUUAAGGACUAGAGUCAAAACCACUGGCAUCGUCGAAGUGCACUUCUCCUUCAAAAACCUUAAUUUCAAAUUGUUCGACGUGGGUGGCCAGCGGUCUGAGAGAAAGAAAUGGAUCCACUGCUUCGAGGAUGUGACCGCGAUCAUAUUCUGCGUCGCCAUGUCCGAGUACGACCAGGUGUUGCACGAGGAUGAGACAACGAACCGUAUGCAAGAGAGUCUAAAGCUGUUCGAUUCUAUCUGCAACAACAAGUGGUUCACCGACACCAGCAUCAUCCUGUUCCUCAACAAGAAGGAUCUGUUCGAGGAGAAAAUACGCAAGUCGCCGCUCACUAUAUGCUUUCCCGAGUACACGGGUGCGCAAGAAUAUGGCGAGGCAGCGGCGUACAUUCAAGCCCAGUUCGAGGCAAAGAACAAGUCUACCACGAAGGAGAUCUACUGCCACAUGACGUGCGCCACCGACACCAACAACAUCCAGUUCGUGUUCGACGCCGUGACCGACGUGAUCAUCGCCAACAACCUGCGCGGCUGCGGCCUGUACUAG